AUGCUGGGGGCUAGGAGAUCGUUUUCUAGGCUCGCCGCGGCGGUUAGGACGCCGGUGGACGUGCCGAGAAUGCCGGCGUUCGACCACGUGCCGCUGCCCUACGACGGGCCGAGCGCCGUCGAGAUCGCCAGGAAGCGCGCCGAGUUCCUCAGCCCCUCCCUGUUCCAUUUCUACUCCAAGCCCCUCAACAUUGUGGAGGGGAAGAAACAGUACCUCUACGACGAGCACGGGCGGCGCUACCUGGACGCGUUCGCCGGCAUCGCCACCGUGUGCUGCGGCCACACCCACCCCGAAAUCAUCGACGCCAUCACCGCGCAGGCCAACCGCCUGCAGCACUCCACCGUGCUCUACCUCAACCACGCCAUCGCAGACUUCGCCGAGGCGCUGGCCGCCAAGAUGCCCGGCGAUCUCAAGAAGAGUGGCGUGCACCAUGCCGUUAACCCGGACCCCUACAGAGGCGCCUUCGGCUCGGACGGCGAGAAGUACGCGCGAGACGUCAAGGAGAUCAUCGACUUCGGUACCACGGGCCACGUCGCCGGCUUCAUAUCCGAAGCUAUCCAGGGUGUUGGUGGGAUCGUGGAGGUGGCGCCUGGCUACCUGCCCCUGGCGUACGACGCCGUGAGGAAGGCCGGCGGCCUCUGCAUCGCCGACGAGGUCCAGGCGGGCUUCGCGCGCGUCGGCAGCCACUUCUGGGGGUUCGAGACCCAUGACGUGAUCCCUGACAUAGUGACCAUGGCAAAGGGCAUCGGCAACGGCAUCCCUCUGGGCGCCGUGGUGACUACGCCGGAGAUCGCGCAGGUCCUGACCAGGCGGUCCUACUUCAACACGUUCGGCGGCAACCCGUUGUGCACGGCCGGUGGGCUCGCCGUCCUCAAGGUGCUCGACAGGGAGAGGCUCCAGGAGAACGCCUUCAUCGUCGGCGCCUACCUCAAAGACCGCCUCCGCGGCCUCCAGGAGAAGCACCAAAUCAUCGGCGACGUGAGGGGAACAGGUUUCAUGCUUGGCGUCGAGCUUGUGACCGACCGGCAGCUCAAGACCCCGGCCAAAGACGAGAUUUGCCAGGCCAUGGAGCACAUGAAAGAUAUGGGCGUUUUGGUCGGAAAGGGGGGCUUUUACGGCAACGUGUUCAGAAUCACUCCCCCUCUGUGCUUCACCAAGGAAGACGCUGAUUUCUUUGUCGAUGUGAUGGACAUAGCGCUGUCAAAGCUCUGA